AUGCCUCGACGACCCACGGGUUCCUGGAAACACGAGAGGUCGCCUUUUGUGUGUCUCCUGCAUGCAGGCUUCCUUUCGGCACCCAGCGAGAAGAGUGAGGCUGUCGGGGAUAUCCCUGGAUUAUAUCUCUUCAACGAACCCGUGUUCUCGUGCACUUAUUUCCGUUCUGGAGUGCUAAGCGACCGCCGCAUCACGAAUAUGGUGAACAAAAGACACACUGCACAUGAGCCCCAACCUUCAACACCUGCAUCGAAGGCCAUUGAGCCAUCGCCCGCGCGAUCUCGGUGGUCCGAAUGGACUCUCCACAACUCGGGACUGUACUACUACCGAGCUCGAUAUAUCUCAUUCGAGGACAUCUCAUCAAUACCGCCAACUGGGAGAAAUUCGAUUGUGCCGAAUGUUCAAGGUGGAUACAUCCAUUACCAAUCCAUGGGUGUCAAUGAAGGGACCAGUCAAGGGACCAGUCAAGCUCCAGAGCUAUCAACUUGCUCUACCGUGACAACACCAACAGCCAGUGAUCCUCCGGUCUCUACACAAGAAGUGUAUGGCCAGCAAAAUGAUCAACUCGUCGUUUCAGCAAAGACAACCGAGGAUAGCAUGCUGAUGAGUGGAGCGCUGCAACCAGAAGCAGACACUACAGAAACUGUCGUGGUGAUAUCGAACUCCAAUGCACUAAAGCGAAAAUCAACUACAUCGAAGAAACAGAAGGAGAAGAAGAAGCAUGGAAAGAAGUUGGAUGUGGAUAAGAGAAAGCAGGUCAGCAAUAAGGCGAAAGUGAACAAGUGGUUAGACACUCUAUAA